CCUGCAGAAAGAAAAAUGGAUAGCGAAGAGUUUAAGGUACGGGGAAGACAGAUGGUGGACUACAUAGUCCAAUACCUGGAAGAUAUCGAGGGCCGUAGAGUUACACCUGGCAUUGAACCUGGAUAUCUGAGUAAUCUAAUCCCUGCUUCACCUCCCCAUGAUGCUGAGCCCUGGGAGGAUGUUAUGAGAGAUGUUGAGGACAAAAUUAUGGUUGGAAUGACCCAUUGGCAACAUCCUAGAUUUCAUGCAUAUUUUCCAGCAGGAAAUUCAUAUCCAAGUAUUUUGGCUGACAUGCUGUCUGAUGCAAUUGGAUGUGUUGGUUUCUCAUGGGCUGCAGCUCCAGCUUGCACUGAGUUGGAGACAAUUGUACUGGACUGGCUUGGAAAAAUGAUUGGUCUUCCCGCAACCUUUUUAUCUCGCUCCCCAGGAAGUAAGGGAGGAGGUGUAAUUCAAUCCUGUGCUAGUGAAUGUGUUCUUGAUUGCAUUUUGGCAGCUAGAACACAUGCAAUCAGGCAGCUGAGGAAGAAGUAUGGAGACACCAUAGCAGAAGAAACAACUUUACUUUCGAAACUGAUGGCAUAUUGCUCUAAGGAAGCACAUUCAUGUGUAGAAAAGGCAGCAAUGAUUGGAUUUGUAAAGCUCAGAAUCCUUGAACCUGAUGAAAAUAAUGAACUAAGAGGCAACAUUCUAAAGAAGGCAAUGGAGGAGGACAAAAAAAACGGGUUGUACCCUUUCUUUGUUUGUACAACAUUGGGAACUACUGGAUGUUGUGCCUUUGAUCGACUUGAUGAAAUCGGGCCAAUCUGUCAAGAAAACGGAGCCUGGCUACAUGUUGAUGCAUCCUAUGCUGGUAGUGCAUUUAUAUGUCCUGAGUUUAGGCAUCUAAUGAAGGGAGUAGAGUAUGCAGAUUCAUUUAACAUGAAUCCUAACAAGUGGAUGCUAGUAAAUUUUGACUGUAGCACGAUGUGGGUGAAAGAUAGGUACAAGCUAACUCAGGCGCUUGUUGUUGAUCCACUUUACCUUCAGCACUCCUACUCUGAAUCAGCAAUUGAUUACAGACAUUGGGGAAUACCUCUAAGUCGCAGAUUUCGAUCUCUCAAGCUCUGGUUUGUAAUCAGAAACUAUGGAGUGUCUGGACUACAGGCAUAUAUCAGAAACCACUGCCAACUAGCAAAAGUUUUUGAGGAAAGGGUCAAGGCUGACCCCAGGUUCAAAGUAAUGAAUGAUGUUAAAGUGGGAUUGGUGUGCUUUCGAUUACUUGGAUCCAAUUCUCUAAAUCAGAAGCUGCUCACAGCCCUCAAUGAGUCGGGUCGACUUCACAUGGUUCCUUCUAGCGUGAAGGACAAGUUUGUUAUUCGGUUUUGUGUCUGUGCCCAAAAUGCUACUGAACAGGAUAUUGAUGUGGCAUGGAAGAUUAUUCAGGAGGUAGCUGAACAAACUCAGAAACUGGUUGAUGAGGAAAAGAAAAUAGAAGACCAGGAGAAAGACGAUGACAUCAAGACCAUGCUUGAAAAGAAGUCUGCUAAAGACCUUCAACAGAAGCGCAGCUUUUUUGUUCGAAUGGUGUCUGAUCCCAAACUUUACAACCCACAUAUUGUUAAGUUGGAUUCUAGUCUAUCACAACCUAUGACUGAAAGGGAAACUGAAUCUUGGAUCUCAUGGCCUCUAGCAGUUCUCUCAAAUGGUGGAAUUGAGGAGCUAAACAUGAGGUUUAGGAGCUGGAACACAACUUUGUCAAUUUCCCCUCAAACCACACGCUCCUCUUCCUCAUCCUCCUCCCCUACGCAUAAGGCGGACACAACAGACAAAAUUAAAAUGAAGGCAUAAUAUGCUUUUAUACUUUGUAUACAAACAUUAUGCUGAUAUAUGUAUAUGUUUUGAAAAUAUCAUGUGUCAGGGUCGUUUGGUUAAAUUUACUUGAAUCAAGAUAUUUUGGCUGGAGUUUACUGUUUAAACACUAUACACACUUCAUGUGGUGAAAUUUCAUAUUUCAAGAUGAACAAUUUAUAUUCAUGUUGAGCUACUUCCUUCAUUGGUUUAUCAUGGAUACAUUUCCAGUCAUUCCAGCAAUUAAAUUUUCAGAUAUAUUUUAGUAUUAAUAACAUUAAAACAUUAAAACGAGGUUUUUGAACCAAAAGAAAGAGCAAAGACGACA